AUUACGAAAUGACGAAAUCCCCGUCAUGUACACGUGCCGCUAUAUAAUUGGCUGACAACCAACUAUUCUUCAUGCGCGCAGUAGAGAACGCUUGCGAUCACGGAUACCAAAUAGAAGCAGUUCCCUCCAUUGCAGGUGGCGGGAUUGAGCCUGUGGAGGAGAGGGCAAUCCCGCGACCUAGGGUUUCUAGUCUCGAAGCAGAAGGAAGAAGGCGAAACAGUGAAUUGCCAUGGAGAGUGCCUUUGCUAGCGCCUCUGCUAUCUCAGACCAGAGGCGGAAGAUUGAACAGUAUAAGCACAUUCUGUAUGAUGUUUUGUCGUUGAACGAUAUUGUUCAAACCAAGAAGUUUAUCGAUCACAUACUAUCCGGCGAAGUCCCGCUUGUAGUAUCGCGGAGGCUCUUGCAGAUUCUAGCACAAGAUUUGGGGAACUUGGAGGUGGCGGCUCAGAAAGAGAUUGCCCAUUACAUCCUCGCUCUGAUUCAACCGCGCGUCGUCUCUUUCGAGGAGCAGGUGUUGAUUCUUCGGGAGAAGCUUGCUGAAUUGUAUGAAACAGAGCAACAAUGGUCAAAAGCCGCUCGGAUGCUCAGUGGCAUCGAUCUAGAUUCUGGAAUGAGAGUGAUUGACGAGUCUUACCGGUUGUCAAAAUGUGUUCGAAUUGCUCGUUUAUACCUUGAGGAUGAUGAUGCUGUUAACGCUGAGGCGUUUAUUAAUAAAGCUUCAUUCUUGGUUAGCUAUAGUCAGCAUGAAGUCCUGAAUUUACAGUACAAGGUUUGCUAUGCUAGGAUCUUAGACUUGAAAAGGAAGUUCUUGGAAGCAGCACUGCGUUAUUAUGAUAUUUCUCAAAUUGAAAAGAGACAAAUAGGAGAUGAAGAGAUCAACGAAGAAGCAUUGGAACAAGCUUUAUCUGCUGCAGUGACAUGUACAAUAUUGGCUGCUGCUGGACCACAGCGAUCUCGAGUUCUUGCCACAUUAUACAAGGAUGAGCGUUGCUCAAAGUUAAAAAUCUAUCCAAUCCUUCAAAAGGUUUACUUGGAGAGAAUUUUGAGAAAGCCAGAAAUUGAUGCAUUUGCCAAAGAGCUGAAGCCACAUCAGCAAGCCCUUCUGCCAGAUAAUUUUACUGUUUUGGACCGUGCUAUGAUUGAGCAUAAUCUUCUCAGUGCAAGCAAACUUUACACAAAUAUAAGCUUUGAAGAGUUGGGCACUUUGCUGGGCAUUCCUUCUCGUAAGGCUGAAAAGAUAGCGUCAAGAAUGAUCUGCGAAGAGAGAAUGAGGGGUUCAAUUGACCAGGUCGAAGCUGUUAUUAAUUUUGAGGACGAUAUUGAAGAGUUCCAGCAAUGGGAUGAACAGAUUAUUGGUCUCUGUCAAGCGCUGAACGACACCUUGGAUGGCAUGGCAAAAAAAGGUGUCCACCUUCCUGUCUGACCUUGUGCUUCCAACUCAGUGAUUUUGUGUAAUAUUUUAGAAACUUUUAUCUUUUAACCAUAGUUUGAGGCUAUUUUAGGUUUUUUUGGAGAGGUUGAAAGUUCCCAUUCUUUUUAGCAGCGAGUCAUUUUACUGUCAUUGGUGUAAAAAACUUUGAAAGAAAAGAGGGAUAGGAAUAUGUAGAGAGAGGAGUUAUGAAGGCAAUGUAUCAAAAUUCGUAACUUCCUUAGAAAAG